GAGGACAAAAACAAUCGGCAUCCCUUGCACAGAACGAACAGGAGGAACUAAACUGUAUUUAGGUAAUAUUUAGCUUUUUUCUUCAGCGACACACCGACAGCACCGAGGGAGACAUGGUUUCUCCGGUAACAGUGGUCAAGAGUGAAGGCCCUAAGCUGGUGCCGUUCUUCAAGGCUACCUGUGUAUACUUUGUCCUGUGGCUCCCCACCUCAAGUCCAUCCUGGUUCAGUGCCCUGAUCAAAUGUUUGCCCAUCUUCUGCCUGUGGGUGUUUUUGCUGGCACACGGCUUCAACUUCCUAGGUGCUCACUCCAGUGCCCGCAAGAUCUUGGCCGGCCUCAUCUUCUCUGCUCUGGGUGAUGCCUUUCUUAUCUGGCAGGAGCAGGGCUACUUCAUUCACGGCCUUCUGAUGUUUGCCAUCACUCACAUCCUCUACUCAUCUGCCUUUGGGAUGAAACCUCUUAACGUGUUUGCUGGCCUUUUGAUCACUGCUGUGUCCUCUCUGAGCUACAUCCUGCUGUACCCCUACCUGUCUGGCCCCUUCACCUACCUGGUGGCCGUCUACAUCGCUCUGAUCGGCUUCAUGGCCUGGAGGGCAAUCGCAGGCCUGCAGCUGGCUAACGACCUGUGGACCUGGACCAAGCUGUCCGCCUGUCUGGGCGCCGUGCUCUUCAUGGUCUCCGACCUCACCAUCGCCGUCAACAAGUUCUGCUUCCCGGUGCCCCAUUCGCGCGCCAUCAUCAUGGCCACCUACUACGCCGCCCAGAUGCUGAUAGCGCUAUCAGCCGUUGAGUGCCAGGACGUGGAGGUGGCCAGGAAGAGAACAUGAGGUACCGUGGUCUCGACAGCGACCGGCCACGUGGCUGGAACGGUGGCUGCCAAUCCCCCUUCAGCCCUGAGUGAUCAUGGACACAUCUCACUGCCAGAUCCCCAGCCCUUAGCCCCUCAUCUCAGUGUGGUGCUCCCACACCAUUGUUACCAUGGUGACUGGUCCACUACAGCCUUCACAUGGCUAUCACGCUUUUACUCCACUAGUAUGGUAGGAGACAAUAGUAUUAUCUUCAGCCUCUCCCAACAACGGUCCUAUCUGCUGCCUCCAAUCCUAGAAUGGCUGUCUCUCAACGUAGUUACCAUGGAGACAAGUGUAGUAAUAUUAACCUGCUAUAUAUAGAGAGUAUUACUUUACUUUAACUGUUAUAUAUUAAUUUAGGGGAACAUGUCACUGGGGACCUUCAAGGGGUGUGUGUGAGAGAGCGAUUCUACGCGUGCGUUUGUUUGUGUGCACGCAUUUAUGUGUGUUUGAUUAACAUUCUUACCUCGCUUUCCGCACAGUCCCGUCACACAGUCACCACACUGACAACUCACACAUCUAUUACAUGUGGUCCAAUAAUACAAUAUAACAUCUUUUUUUGGUCAUUUUUUUGUUGCCUGAGACCUUGUAAAAAAGGGAGUUGUUUUUUUUUUUUUUACUGACUUGCCCAUGUUCGGUCGUUCUAUUUUUCCCUGAAUUAAGGGUGCUAUUCUUAAAGUCAGGAGCAUAUCCACACUGCCUCUGUUCACUCCACGAUUUAACAUUUUUAACCAAUCUAAGCCCAGUGUGUCUGGAUGAUCUAUUUUUCUAUUAGGAUGCCCUUGAAUAACUAGAUGUUGAGGAGAAGAACGACAGACGCUAAAAUAAGGCAAUGAGGUGGAAAGGCAGGGAGGGAAAGUUGCGUGAAUGCAGCAACCACUGCAAAUUGUCGCUUUAGUGGGAGCUAGAGGAGGUGGAGGUUGUUUGUGGAAGCUCAAUUCUUCCUGCUGAGAUUUUAUUGACACUGUCCUGCUGUCACAAAGAGAACACAGUAAACAUUGCUAUCAUAGCUGACCACUGAACCCACUAUAACAUGCUGUACAGUGCAACUGCUUCUCCUUUUAGUGAGAAGUCUUUCAGGCGUUUUACAGCGAUCUGCAUGCCAGCAGUUUUUUAAGACAUGUUGGUCCAAAUGUCAACACGUUCACACACCUGACACCUGCAGCUCCUGCUGGUUUAGUUAUUAGGAAAAGUUCAUGGGGUUCUUAUGCUGGACCACUUCAGCCAACCCAUGUUGUCGUUGGCCUGGGACCACGUUAUGGACACUGAAACGAAAGAGCUAUGUUACUAGCUGGAAUCUUUUUAUCAACUCUAUGCGCAUGUGUGUGUGUGUGUGUGUGUGUGUGUGUGUGUGUGUGUGUGUGUGUGUGUGUGUGUGUGUGUGUGUGUGUGUGUGUGUGUGUCAUCCUCAAAGGGCAGUCACUCACUCAUAAUGACACACACACAAUCAUGCACAUGAGCAUACACAUUGCCCCAGGGCAGUCUGACUGAGAGAAAAAAGGGACAUGGGGGAAACUGGCUUGUUAUAUGAAGGAACAGUUCUCCCAUUAUUCCCAAUAAUUCCGUCUCACAGGACACUUCAUCAGCUUUAAUCCUGCAAAAUCCACCUCAGGUAAUCCCCAACGGGCUGGUUGAUUUUUUGUCCUUCAACUAUCACACGUUUUCCCCUGUCACCUUUCAUUUGUUUCAGCCUCUGCAAAAAUUUAAUGUUAGAAUUAAGUGUCUUACUGAAUAUUUAAGAGGUAUGCUAUAACUCUUGCCUCAGAUGUCUACGUAUUGUAUAUGUUUGUUUUGAGUGUGCAUAUGAGAGCGCGUGUGUUUUGCCUUUGUCUUAACUGUUGAGUGAACGUGUUUGUAUACUUAUGACCAGUCAAAACCAACUCAAGGCCAGAAAUGCUGUGAACCAUCAUAGUUUAUAUAGAGUAGACACACUACUGGAUGUCUUUAAUGUAUUCUCACAAAGCUCUUAAACCUGUCUUCAUACCCAUCACCUCUUUAUGUGUUUUAUAGCAUCCCCUGAAUACUUAUGUGUUGUCAUUUAAGGAUGACUUUGACUUAGUAUUUGAUGGGGAAGAUUCAAAACGAGGAUAUCUAUUCUUCGUGUUCCAUUUCACCUUUAAAUUGAUCAUUUCCACAGCUGAACAUGCCUCCUCUUGACUGUACUCUUACCUAUUGCGAGUAUAUGUCACUUUCUGAUUAAUACCAAUAACAGUUCAUAUAUUGGAGAGAAAAUGAAUUUUACUACAAAUGUACACUAGCAAUUGAAAGUAUUACCCAUUAACAAAAUAUAACAGUGGGACAGGUUUUGUUGUGUAAUGGUUCAGUCCUCAUGUACCCACACGUGAUAUAUUGUGCUGUAUAUAAAACAUAAGGGCACCAACGGUCAACGACCCCUGGAACUGUCGGUAACGUACCCACACACACACACACACAGACACACACACACACACAUCAAAAUGUGUUUUAUGCAUCACAUCAGCCACCAUGACAGAUCUGCAGGCAGAUCAUGGUGUUCACACUCAUCAAGGUUUAGUUAGUCUUAGUUUGACCAGGAAAGACCAAGUACUCAUUCUUGACUGCUGCUUUGCCAGGUAGUUCCUCAAUCUCCUUUCGGCCUGUCAGCACUGUAUUUCUGCUUUGUUAGUCAGAAAUGUUUCAUCAUGCCCGUCUGCGUGACCACUCGACUUCUGUUCCACGUUUUUAUUUGUCCUCCCAGCAGUGCGGCAGAGUCCUACUCUGCAGCACUCUCCCUCUUCUCAUCUCAUCCACCUCACCGGCAGAAACGUGCUCUGUCAACAAUUAAUACAAGCCUUUGUGCUGAAAGAUGUCCACAGAGGCUUGCUAGCAGACAUACUUUUGUCUGUUUAUUCUGUCUUAAAUCAGGGUUUAGUGGAGUACAAGGAGAGAUGCUGGUUAACUUGAGUGACUCUAGUAUGAAGCCUAAAGUAAAACCAUGAGGGGACAACAAGAUUGAGUCAAGCAGUCUUACUCAUCCGUACUAUGUGGGCAAUUUAUGUAAGCAUUACUUUGUCCUCUGCCACAUAAAGCCUCCUGACAUUUGUUCCUGUGGUCUAAUGGCGACACGCCAAAAGACAGGCUUUACUUUAAAGUAUUUCUGAGAUUAUUUUUGCCGGCCAGCCCAGACUUUGGUAAAUCUCCAUGACUUUGUAAAAUGAAGAUUUCUUUCGUGAGGGCGAUAGAUCAGAGGUAGCCUGUAAAGCAAGAAAUAAACUCCAAACUGAGUCAGAAAGCUGACAGUCAUUAGGCUUGUGUAGUUUGUUUGAAAUAUUCACUCUGUUUCUCUUCAAUUGUUUCUGUUUGUAUUUGGCCUGGGCACAGAUAACUAAAGUUGAAAGUAUAAUAGAAAACCAAACUCAUUUCACAGAGUGGAACUUGUUCGCAUUAGAGCCCUCUCAUGUAUCAAACAACCUCUGGUUUUGCAGGAGACAGAGGUACCCCCCCCCCCCCGCUGGUGCAGGAGGGUUUUUGACCUUCCACUUAGAAAGGAGGUUAUUGUUGAGCGAUACUGUAGCUGGAAUUAGGUGAGGAGGUGAAAUAUGACACACGGGGAAGACCCCCUUUCCACCCGGCCCGUUAGCUGGCAUCCUGUCCCACCACAGAUGGUAGGCCAGCAGGCACAUCACUUUACCUCAGCCUGUCAACAGCCUUGUUGUUCUGAGCUUUGUGCAUGCAGAAAAAAGGGACGUGAGAGAGCUGUGGGAGGCCAGUAUUUUUUGCUCUGCACAGUGAGUAUUGAGCUAGAACCAGUAGCUGUUGUAGUAUAGAGGGCCUGUGAGGAAGUUGGCACUUUUCCUUGAUUUGAAGUUUUCUCUUUCUUUCUUUUUGCUGUUGUUUCUUCUGAUCUUUGGUUUGAAACCUUUGCUUUUAAUGUGCUGUGCCCAUUAUCACGCAGCUGGUGACAUCUAGAACACAGAGCGGUGAAGUUUGUAUAUCUUUACUCAUGCAUGAGAGGUAGGUUGAACUGAAUCCUCCACAUCAAUACUUAUCUAUGGUGAGCUUAUGAGAAGUAUGAAAAAUAACCACCUUCUCUUCAUAAUAUUAAUCUGAAUCUACUGUGUGUGCCACUAUUCUGUACCCAGAGUAAGGCCAGUCAGUCUCUCCUUAAAACUAGCAGCUAUAGUGUUAAAAACAAAAGGCUGUUGUGUACUGGAUUCUUUAAAGUACAUUCUCAUAUUUCCUUUAUUCUUUAUUUCUUUAAGAGAUAAAGCAGAAGUUACUAUUUAAAGACAGUUACAUUUUAAUGGUGAUGGUUUAAGCACCAGAAAGUGACGGAUCAAGGCAUGAGAGAAUCAGCAUUUUUCUUUUAAAGGCAUUAAUUGCUCUUGAAGUAUUACAAAACAUUAUGUAUACAUUUUUCUUUUGUCUUCCACAAAGACUUUUGAUUUUUUUUUUAUUGAAGGCCUAUUAUAUGCAUCGUUUUGACAUCAUUUUAUGAACAAAUUUUUUUUUUUUUUAAUCCUCUGACACACUUUAUACCCUGUUGUCCUCGAUUUUCACUUUGUGAUUUAUUUCUUUCAUGACUGUAGAGAUUAAAUAGUUUCUUUGCUGUAGUGAAACUUCUAUGAAUGUGAAUAUCUAUUGGAGAAAUAAAUGCAAUUACAAUGCAACUUCAGUAUAA